CGGCAAUCACCUCUCAAACUUGGCACCUUACGAGUCCAUGAUAUCUUACAUAAAACACAAUGGAACAAGUCCGACGGAUUUUCAAUUUCUUGAACCUAGAGAAGUGCGUAAGAAUUUGGAUUAGUCAAAAUACAUCAGCUUACGUCACGACCCUCGAACCCUCUCUCAAGACCUUCCGAUCAAUACCGCCGAUUCUUCAUUCACUCCAACACAAUUAUGGAUACCCUUCUCCACACACCUCGCCUAGCGCUCCUCCGCCUAACAGACGUUUCAUACCCUUCCUCUCCACACGUCCGCCUCUUCCACGAGAACUGGUCAAACCUUGACAUCACGGCAUGGAGUCUGCACGGCCCCACACAUUCCAUGACCGAAAGCUACGAAUGGAUGAAAGAACAGUUGGGGCCUGCAACUGAUAACAUGUUCUAUUCUGUGUUUGUCAAACCCGAUACAUCAAAUUCAGCCUCUACCGGCGAUGACGAUACUGGGCUAGGCAAGCAUAUAGGCAGCGUAAGCCUACGUCUUCAACCUAGCGGCCCUUCUCUCCCAAUCCCAUCCACAUCAACAACGACCACAAUGAGGGCGCUAGGUUAUGCCUUGUUUCCAUCAGCGAGGGGCAAAGGAUAUGCGACAGAAGCCGGCCAUGCGCUAUUGAAGGCCUACAUGGCUUUCGUAUCCGCGUCUUCCUCAUUUUCAGGCGCACAGGAAGAUAACGACGGAAACGAGCGACAAAAAGGAAAGGCGUACAUCGAGGCAGCAGUAGACGAGGAGAAUCCUGGUAGCGUAAAGGUCUUGGAGAAACUUGGCUUCAAGAAACUGGGUUGGAAGCAGGAAGAGGAGAAAGUGUGGCUUAAUGGCGCGUGGAGGGAACCUGGGUAUUGGGUAUAUGGGAUGUUUGUUUAGUGUGCAAGUAUGAGAGAGCGCACGACUGAGGAAGGAUGGAGAAGAGGUAGUAAUACAUAAUCGAAUACACAGCGCAGUGUGCAA